AUGCUGAGUGCUCUUAAACUCCUUAACAAGGAACUUGAACAUCUAGGGUUAGCCCUUGCACUCCUCAAAUGUUCACUAUUUGCUGUCACCAAACAUGCCACUCUUUCACCCUGCAAACUAGAGUUUAAGGAUGUUAAAUUUGUCUCUGAAGAAUCUGUCGAUUACUUAGGAGGAACUUGUAAACUUGAAAAGGGCCUCCCAACAUGGACAUCAGAUGAACUCCUCCCUAAAGCUGAAGAACGCUUGGCGAAUAAGAAAUCUAAAAACCUCAAACUGAACACCAUUACCACAACCACAAUGUCCAAAAUAGUGUCACUUCCAAGAUACUCUUGUGGAUUUGGUGGUGCCAACCUGAAAGACCUUCAACGCCUGGACGUCCUAGUCGCAGAACACCUUAGAACCUCAGUUGGCCUAGACAACAUGACCUCUAAAACAGUCAUUUACGGCUCCAAAGCUGAAGGUGGAUUAGGACUCACCAUGCCCUCUUAUCUCUACACGAUUGAACCAGUGUGCACCGCUUUAAGAAUGUUCAACUCUACAUCCACCAUCACAAGCAAUAUUGCGUUAGCAGCAUGGAAUCACCAACUUAACGAUCCUUUCUGGAAUACUGUAAAAGAAACCGUAUCCUCCCUUAAUUGGUCACUCCAAACAAUAGAUAAUACCUACCAAUUCGUUAAUCAAUAUGGCAAUGUAGUAUGCCCCAGAACAGAGCUUCUAUUUCAUUAUAGAUCCAAAGAAUCCAUCAAGCCAUCCAGUAUGGGAAAACUAGAUCUUGCCAACUCAUGGCAUCCUAUUACUACUUCCUUUUGGAACAACCACAAACUCAACCACUUCCAUCAACGAAUGCUAUUCGCUCAGCUACACCACACUCAAAUAUUAGCUCCCAGAGGCAACAAACUCAACAAGAAGUACCCUUCCUGCCAUGUAUGUAACAAAAAAGCAACUUGGGAACAUGUCUUCUCCGAAUGCAUAAUGUGCAAAUCUGAACUCUCCCUCUUGUACAAGAAAUGGAACGAAUCAUCCGCCAAACACAACACUGCUGAAGUCAAACUCCCACCUGACCACUCUCCACUCACGAUCAACAUGGAUUGGAAUGGAGUAAUCCAUAACAACCCAAACUUUCAAUUCAACAAACUCUUGACUGAAUGGAGCACUGAUAUAUAUUGUGCUUUUGCCUCAUAUGUUGGAAGCUGCUAUAAAAACAGCACGUGGAAUAGUUGCUCCCAAUUAAGAAACAAAAGAGGAUAUAUGAUCAAGCCCAAGACUGCCAAAUUUUCUACAGCUUGGGACUUGAGCAGGAAUAGUCUUUCUAAUUUAAUAAAUACAUCCCUUUAUUUUUUAUCAAAGCGAUGA